GUAAAAGCUUAGAGAUUGCAUUAUGUUAGACCCAAAUAACUUAUUAAGAGGGUAUGCUCUAAAUAAUUUAGCUGUUGCUUGUUGGUGGCAUAAACAUCCAAAUUUUAGGGAUUUAGAGGAUGCUGAAGAAAGUGAUGGUGAAUAAGGGGAUGAAACUAAAUAUCAUAAUUCUUAAUUAAAGCUUAAGGAAUCUGAUUAUAGUAGUGAAUAAGUAGAAGCUGAUUUCGAUAAUACUAUUCCUUUAUUCAAAAAGGCUUUGUGGUAUAUUUAAAAUGUGAAUGAAAUUGAAGAUAAGGAAAAAUAAAAAGAUUUGAAUAUAUUAUUAGAUUAAGAUAAUAUAAUCCCGGAAGAACAUUAAAAAUUUGAUCCAACAGAAAACUAAAUACUAUUAAAAAAUAAAUAAUGUGGAAUUCCUUUAUUAAAUAUCUAAGAAUUUUUAUUUCAUACAUGUCCUGAUUUAAAAACUGAUGCUAUGUUUUGGUUUAAAUAUGGGCUUAAAUUUUUCGAAUAGAUAGAUCCUGUAAAUAUUGAUAGAUUUUUAAUUACUUUAGGUGUUUUUUGUAAUAAUUACAAUGAACAUGGAAGAGCUGAAUAGUUAUUUAAAAAAACUUUAGAAAUUAUAGGAGAUAAUGAUAACUAUAAUAAAGUACUAUGUCUUUAAAUUUAUGGAAACAUGCUUCUUAAAAAUUUAGCAAGAGAACAUGAAGGACAAUAAUUAAUAGCAAAAGCACAUGAAUUAUCAUAGUAAUUGCCAUUUUGGUUUAAUAAAAUUAAUCAUAUAUGUAUUCCUAAAAUAGAACUUUAAUGA